AUGUUGUUGUGUAUCACCCUUUCACGAACCUGGAAACUGGAUAAUGUUAUUGUGAAGAUAGAAUUAUCAGAUUCAGAUGAUGACUUCAGUAAUAGAUUUGACGAUACUAGCAGUGUUAAUAUUAAAACAGAAGAUUUUGGUAGUGUGAAUAAUAUAGAACCAAUAGAGAGUUACAACGUUGAAAUUACAUCUGACAAUUUACAGGAACCAGAAAAUGAUGGUUCCCAUACAGUGAAGAAAGACACAUGCCAGGCAUUUUGUCCGCUGUGUCGUGUGAGCUAUAAUGAUGUAGAGGGUCUAACAAAACAUAUGUGGGAGAGGCACACUGAGAUCAUGGGCCCCAAGAAGAGAGGCAGACCAAAGAAGAUUAGUACAGAAUUUAUAUUGAAGAAUUUAUUGGAUAGAGGACUUUUGAAGCCCAAACAGGAUAAGAGAUUGAGCUGUUCCUUUUGCAUGAAGAAUUUUGUAACGGAAGAAGAAUUGAUAGAACAUAUUUCUGAUCACAAAGAUAAAGUUUACUCAUGUGCUGUUUGCAAGAAAAAUUUUAUGAUAAAGAAAUAUUUUGAUGUUCAUCUGUGUGUUGAAGAUAAAUUGCAAGAGGCUGGUCAAUUGAGUGAGUCAAAUUCUAGUCAACCUUCGAGAGCAGAACAAGAUGAAUUCCUUAUUGAAACAAAUAUUCAACAGUUGCAGCUCUCAAAUAAUGUAAAGAGUGCGUGUAUUGAAUGGCGUCCGUGUACUUCAUGCAGCUUGCUUCUGUCUACACCAGCUGAGUUGUCCGAGCACAUUGAUUCACGACAUCCCAAUAUGUCACUUAAAUGUCCUCAAUGUAAUAAGGUAUUCGAGAAUCUGAACACUGCUCGUGCUCACCGCGUACGUUGCGCGGACGUGGAGCGUACUUACGCGUGCGCGUCCUGUCCUCAACGUUUCACACGCGAGGUGUUUCUCAAUAAGCACAUAUUGGGCUGUCAUGUAGGACAGGAGGCUUCAGUACAGUUUUUAGCAACACCAAAUGAUCCCAACAAACGUUAUCAAUGUGAUACAUGCAAACAAUACUUCCUUAAAAAAGGUUCUCUCACAAAACACAUGAGACAUCACACUGCGAGUAAACAUUACCAGUGUGAGAUUUGUAAUAAACGUUUUCACAGAAAUGACAACCUAAAAUCUCAUAUGAGGGUGCAUGGUAUCGGUGGUCGGAGUUCAACGACUUCGCUCUGUCUGUAUUGUGGGCGCAGCUUCUCCUGUUCCUCAAAUUUCAUAGUCCAUAUGCGUCGACAUACAGGAGAGAAACCUUACAAAUGUGACUUCUGCGGUAAAGGUUUCCCUCGUUCAUCAGAUCUCCAGUGUCACAGGAGGUCGCAUACUGGAGAAAAACCAUACGUAUGUCAAAUUUGCGACAAAGCAUUUUCGCGCAGUAACAAAUUGACGCGUCACAUGCGCGUACACACCGGUGCGAGGCCGUACAAGUGUACGUACUGUGAGAAGGCGUUCUCACAAAGUAACGAUCUCAAUCUUCACGUGCGCAGACAUACCGGCGACAAGCCAUAUGUAUGUGAAGUAUGCGGCGACAGGUUCAUACAGGGCACAGCAUUACAGAGUCACAGACGGACUCACGGUCACUAUUCCCAGCAAGGUCCCAACCUACCUCUACCUGCACUAGCCACUCAACAGAUUAGUGGACCUGCCUUCAGGUAGCAUACGAUAUCUACGAGCCUACUGUGGGGGAACCGCAGUGCCCCCGAGGCGACAAUCACACGGCCAAUCGAUUUUUGAAAUCUCUAUAAAAUGUUUUUUCAAUUAUAAAUGUAUUAAAUUGUGUCUCCUUUUACGUCAAUUUCAUACGAAUUCAAUAGUAGUUUCCUGUCUCUAGAUGUGUAUUUACAAUUGCAGUAUCAGUCUGUCCUCGUGUGAAAGUUUAUCUUACGGAAUAACUUCAGUGUCGUCAUCUAGUUGAUAUAUUCCUUUCAAAUCAAAUAAUAGACAGUUUAAAUGUUUGUGUAA